AGGAACCCGCACGUCGUUGAUUUCUUGUUUCGGAGUAAAAAGAAAGUGCCACACCGCCAUCGGCGGUAUAUAAACCAUUGAACUUGAAAAGAAAUGUCAGUGUGCGCGAAAGUGUUACACAGCGAGGAUGUUGUCCAGAGUCUUGGCUUUCUUUCUCCUCGUUAGCUUUUCAGCUGUCAGUUCUUUGACAAAACAGAGCAACUUGACGACCGCAACGACAACGGUGUUAAACACAACUACGCGCCGACCGUUCUUAUCUGGGUUAAGAAUGCCUUGUAAAUGCGCUAAGGGAGAAUGCGGUUGUUGCAUGAAUGUACUACAAGGGUUUUUCAAGCAAAAAGCUUGUUUGAAUAUUACUUACGAACCCGAUGAGUUUGCUUUAAAUGUUAAAAUGGCUGUCAAUGAUAAUGUUUUGUAUAAAAACAGUUUUUCUGGCAAAAACCCGGCGCCGUUUUGCGUCCCGGUGCCCAGGUUUCGAUUCGUCGAGUUUUGCGUGCAGUUCUCGAACGUGUACUUUGCGAGGCGUAACAUUCACAUGUGCAUAGAUGCCGAAGCCAGUUGGGAAGAUUUCACCCUCUUGGAGUGGUCUUUCGACUGCGUGCGGUUGGGGGCGAAUGGGGUCGCUGUUGUCCAUGAAGAGGACGGGGGUGGUUUACCCCCCAAUCUUAUAGACACCGAAGACCAAACUGACGAGGACUACGAUGAUAGUGCUAGAAACGUUCCUUUGAAUGAAAAGGAUAAACUUCUCCGAAAGACCCCCUUAACAGCCACCAUUACUCGAGAUGGAGAUAUUUUGUUUACGACAGAUGAAGAUUAUGAGAUGUCUGUGUAAUAAAACGGUUUAUUUAUA